CCUUUCUCCUAAUAAUUUCCAACCCAAAAAAUACAUUUGCAAUAUGAGUUUCUCAAAAUUAAAUAAAAAUUUAAUAAGUCUAAAAAUUUGCCUACAAGAAAGCAUCAACCUAGGAAGCAGUCGAAAAUUAUAUAUAAAUUAACAUCAGCAUAAGUCUAAUCAAGAGAGAAUUUUUUUCCCAUUUUACUGAUUACACUUUCUCUCCAAAAAAAAUCUCAAACAUUUGGUAGAAGAUUCAGUGCCGCUCUAUGUGAAUUGCUGCAUACAACAGUCAGUUGAGUGAAUCCGUUUUUGAACGACGUGAGCGUUGAGAUUUGGCACAAGGAACUUUUGCUCAUUCGCAUCGCAGCAAUGAAAUCUUUAAUGAUAUUACUAGGCAUUUAUGCCUCCAUAACAGCUGUGCUCAGCAUUGAGUGCUACGAUUGUGAGUCAAUGAGUGAUCCGCGUUGCAAUCAAUACUUCGAACCGGAAGGUGUCAAGCAAACGGACUGUGAUGAAGGGGAUAUGCCUGAAUAUUUACAUAAAUAUGAGCGUCGCAUUAAGGCCACGGGCUGUUUGACGAAGGUGCAUGAAGGCUUGGACGGCCGCCGCUACUACAUUCGUCGCGCCUGUUACUACGGCGAUCCGGAAAAUACAGUCGAGGCAUGCGAGACUCCCGAUUCGUAUAUACCGUUUGUCAAUAUAAUUUCAUGCACAGUUUGUACCGAGGAUUUGUGCAAUGUAAAUGCUGAGCUGAAUGGCGGGCAUCAUGCAAUGGACUACUUUUCAAAACUCACGCUGGUCGUUGCAACAGUUGCAGCGUUGAUUCUAAAUAACGUUUGAAAUUUGAUGGUUUAUUUUUUUUUUUUUUUAAACGGAAUGAUUUUUAUAUCGUAAAAAGUCAGUGGAGCAUAAUCAAUAAAGAAAGUGUUUA